AUGAACACGCCGUAUGCUCAAGUCACGAUGAGCACCGGAUAUCCUCCACAAGCAUCCCCUCCCCACGACAUGCAUCGCGGGUCGAUAUCGAACAUCCCAGACGCCGCCUACCGUCCUGCGGCGGGCGGCCCUCAGUAUCCUAUUUCGCAGCACAGUAUGCCAGUCCCCCAGCAAUCGCAGAUCAGCCAGCCCUACGGUGAUCCAUACAACCCGCUGGCAGUUACAAGAGCGGCUAUCCCCGAGAAGAUUCACGCAGAGACAGCCCUUGCACCAUUACAACCUGGCACGCAACCUGCCUUGAUAGAUCCAUUGCCUAGGUCUUGCGUUGAUAAUGGAUGGAAAUACGACCUGAAAACCUGCUCAUGCGGCUAUAGACUCAAGGUAGUACAACAGCCCCAGCGCGCUCGAAUGUGCGGUUUUGGAGACAAGGAUCGACGUCCUAUUACUCCUCCCCCAUGUGUUCGACUGAUCAUAUCAGAUGUAAUCACAGGCAAGGAGAUUGACGUGAAUGACAUUGAUCAUGGCAUGUUCGUCUUGAAUGUGGAUCUUUGGGAUCAUGCUGGCAACAAAGAGGUGAACCUCGUCCGCCAUUCACAGACUUCCCCGUCUAUCGCCUUAGGGACACCGGCUUCUUAUGCACAAGUAGCACAUGAAACUAGUGCACCAGCCUAUUGUAGCAACCUACCUGUCCAUGGCGGCGCACCGGUCAAAUUUGAACAUGGUCAAGGACCUUCGUAUCAAACCCAAGCUUACAAUCCAUUCCCUGGGCCCCCACAAGUAACUCCUUACGCACAACCGUCACAAGGCCCUCCCCCUGCAUAUAAUACACAACAACAGUAUCAUCCUGGCUAUCCCCCACCUACCAAUGGUCCACCUCCAUAUCAAUCGCAAAACGGUCAUGGCCAACCGCAAAUGUACUAUCAAGGGCCUCCAAUCCAAGCAGGCAUGGAUUAUCCCAUCGCAUCUCAGCCAUUACCUUCACAAUCAUAUGGAGGUCGACAAUAUGCACCUGCUGAUAUGAAUUUGCAACGGAUGCCUGUGAACACUACUCCACCGGGAGGCAUGUUCACGCGGAAUUUGAUUGGCAGUUUAGCGGCAAGCGCAUUUCGUUUGACGGAUCCCGAUGAUCGGAUUGGUAUUUGGUUCGUUUUGCAAGACUUGUCUGUCAGGACCGAGGGCACUUUCCGUUUACGUUUCUCCUUUGUCAAUGUUGGCGUGCCUAGCAGCUCGCCUACAUCCGCAACAUCUGGAGGCCAGCCAGUUAACGGUCAAUCCAUGACAAUCAACACCGGAAGAGCUCCAGUCCUCGCAGCCUGCUUCUCUGAGUGUUUCACCGUAUAUUCUGCUAAACGCUUUCCGGGUGUUGUUGAGAGCACGAACCUCAGUAAGUGUUUCGCAACUCAGGGCAUCAAGAUUCCAAUUCGGAAAGACGGACAAGGCCCCGGAAGGGCAAGAGAGGAUAAGGAAUACGACGAAGAUUAG